UUCUAGCACUUCUAGCACUUCUAGUAUAUCUAGCACUUCUAGCACAACAAAUACAAAACAAUUGAGUCUUCAAAUUUCUGCAUCAACUAAUAACAUGACAAGUUCACCAACAUCAGGUAGAUUUGCAAGGCCAACGACUCCAAAAUCAGCUUCAAAUUCAGGAACAGGUAAUGUUUUUGUUAAGACGGGACCGAACACUGUUGUUCGUGCCGAACUCAUUAAAAACAAAACAACAAAGAGAGCAGAACCAGCGAAUUCUGUAAGCAGGACAAAAGAAGACGAGUACAAGUCUGGUAAGAAGCCAAAGGCUGCUUUCAAGACUAAGCUGGUCAAUAAGUAUUGUACUUAUUAUCACAAAUACGGUCGAUGCAAAGAAGGCGAUUAUUGCGCUUAUAAACACGAUCCAAAUCGAGUGGAAGUCUGCAAAUUGUGGCUUAAAGGUUCUGAAUGUACAUUGAGCAACAAAUGUCCACUUCAACACGUCGAAUCUGCACAUUUAAUCCCGUACUGUCGACAUUUCUGUAAAGGUAUGUGCCUUAAAGAUGAUUGCCAUUACACACACGUGAAGGUUAGCAAACGGGCACCACUCUGUAAAGACUUCAUGGUGGGCCGAUAUUGUCCGGCGGGGAUGAACUGUCGCAAGAAACAUGAGUGGGGUCUCUACGAGGAACCGACUGAGACAGAGAGUGAAGCUGGUAAGAAACACGAUAGGGACCCGACUGAGGAUGUGAUUGAGCGUGAAAAAAUUAAGAAACUUCGCGAGGAAAUGGCGAAUGGUGUAAACCCUUUCGCGGCAGGAUGGACAUUUAUCCCAAUUGAUGACUGAACCCUUCAAUCUUCUUUUAUUAUUUUUUUAUUAUUUUUUAAUUUGAAUCUUUCAGCUUAUUUGCAUUGCAUGAUUAAAUUUGUACAAAUAUGUAAAUAUUUUGCAAUAAAAUAAUUAUUAUAAUAAUAAUAUAAUAACAACAUAACA